CAAUACAAUAUAAUACAUUUUGAAUAACAAUUAAACCAAACAUUAUAAAUAUAGUAAUAAUACAAUACAAAUACAAUAACAAUAAGAGUAUACCGGACUAUUUCACCUUCAAAAUAUGAAAAUGAAAUAGCGUAAAAUAGCUUUUGCACCAACACAUAAGAGGGAUAAAAGUGCAAAUGAUCCUUUAGAAUCCCGAAAAUAAGCAUGGGCCUCUUUCAGACUCUCCGGCCCAAUCAUGGUCUCCGGGAAUGGAGAUGCAACACCAGUAGUGGCAAUCUUGAAAUUCUCUUCAAUGGAGAAAUUGCAGUACUAAAAUGAACUUGUGCGAAUGAAAUAGAAGGGAAUUUAAAGGCUGAAAGGAUGUUCAGGAUUGCCGGCAGUCGGAGGAGACUUUAUUGCUAUUACUCUUCUUCUUCCUUAUUUUCUCCGUGGCUUCAGAAUCUCAGCGCUACUUUAAGCACAGGGCUACACCUCUCAUUAUCUCCAACAGAAUCUCAUUAUUCACAAGAUUAUCACAGACUAUUAUGCAUUCUUGAAGCAUGUAAGAUGUCACCAAAUUUGAGAACUACAGCUGGUGCACAUGCUAAUAUUAUUAAACUUGGUUAUGGAGUGUAUCCUUCUCUUAUUUCUUUGAUGGUAGUGACAUAUGCAUCUUGCGAUAGACUCAAUCUUGCUCGUCAGCUGCUUGUUGAAAUUCCUACUGAGUAUUUUGAUGCUGUCUCUGCUAAUUUAAUGAUUUCUAGAUUUAUGAAGAUGGGGACAGUUGAUGUUGCCAAGAUGAUAUUUAAUGAAGUUCCACUCCGGGAUUUGGUUACUUGGAACUCACUAAUUGGAGGUUAUGUCAAAAAUGACUUGUGUAAGGAGGCACUCAGUGUCUUCAGAAAGAUGUUGAGGUCUAAUGUUGAACCAGAUGGAUAUACUUUUGCAUCUAUCAUUACAGCAUGUGCUAGACUUGGAGCCAUUGAUCACGCUAAGUGGGUACAUCACUUAAUGACUGAGAGAAGGAUUGAACUAAAUUACAUUCUUUCUUCUGCUUUGAUUGAUAUGUACUCAAAAUGUGGAAGAAUUGAGAUAGCUAGAGGAAUAUUUGAUAGUGUUGAGCGUACAAAUGUCUCUGUCUGGAAUGCUAUGAUUAAUGGAUUAGGAAUCCAUGGUCUUGCUUUAGAUGCAAUUGAGAUUUUCUCACUGAUGGAGCCAGAAAAUGUUUCACCUGAUAGUAUUACUUUCAUUGGACUUCUAACAGCAUGUAGUCACUGUGGCUUGGUUGAAGAGGGUCAAAAGUAUUUUCAACUAAUGAAAAGUCUAUAUUUGAUUCAACCACAACUUGAGCAUUAUGGAACAAUGGUUGAUCUACUAGGCAGAGCUGGACUGCUUGAUGAAGCUUAUACAGUAAUCAAGGAAAUGCCAAUAGAGCCUGAUGCAAUUAUGUGGAGGACAUUUCUCAGUGCUUGUAGAAUUCACAAAAAUUCUGAGAUGGGGGAAGUUGCUAGCACAAAAAUAUCUCAUCUUGGCAGCGGUGAUUAUGUCUUACUGUCAAACAUUUAUUGUUCUACUAAGAAAUGGGAUAAUGCAGAGAAAGUUAGAUGUCUGAUGAAAUGGAAAGGAGUUCGUAAAAAUAGUGGGAAAAGUUGGGUUGAAGUGGGUAAUGUCGUUCACCAGUUCAAGGCAGGUGACCGGUCACACCCUGAAGCUGAACUAAUAUAUAAAACUUUGAAGAAAUUAAUUCAUCAAACCAAAUUGGAAGGAUUUAGUUCCACGACUGAGUUGGUUUUGAUGGAUAUUUCUGAUGAGGAAAAGGAGGAAAACUUGAGCUACCACAGUGAAAAAUUGGCAUUAGCCUAUGGGAUCUUAAAAUCUAGUCCUGGCACUCAUAUUCAAGUUUCGAAAAAUCUUCGUACUUGUCCAGAUUGCCAUUCUUGGAUGAAAAUGGUAGCAAAGCUGUUGAAUAGGGAGAUCAUUGUGAGGGACAGGAUCCGCUUUCAUCACUUUGCAGAUGGUUAUUGUAGUUGUGGGGAUUACUGGUAGCAUUUCUUUGAAGUUCCAAUUGUGUUUGGUAAUUGAAGCUUAAGUAGAUAUCAUAUAAUGGUUUUCAAGACAUGUUAUAGCGGAUGUCUCAAAGAUUUUUGUGGCUCUUAUCUUGCCUGUUUCUAGCAUUGUAUAGUUGAGUAAAGUGCAUCUGGUUACAAUCAGUGUCAAAUGGUAUAUUUCCAUAUGCUGCAGCUCCAAGUUUUGAGAUAAGAUAUCCCUGUCUGUGGAAGAACUCGCUGAAUAUUACAUCCAGGCGAGUUCUUAAGUUUAUUUACUGGUCUUUGAGAAUCAAGAUUGAACGUCAUCCAGUUUGUCAUAUCAAAAUGAUAGAUAGCAAUGGAAGCUGGAUUCAUCAAGAAGAACAUCAAACUAGCAGAUCAGGUUUUCUGUCCAUGGUGGAGUUUGUUGCUCAUGUUUUCAGCUUAUUUUGAGAAAGUUAAAAAGGAGAGGAAUAAAGCUGCUACUAUUAUUCUAAAUGUUGUACCUUGCACACAAUUUGUCCAGAGCAAAGACUAUAAAACCUGAGGAAUCAAAGAAAGACUUGGAUGUGAGAAAUUGACUGAUUCCAAAGCCAGUUUCACUGACCGUGAUGCAGUAGGCUAUGUGAAAUUAGGUGGUGAAAAGGAAAAAAGGAAGUCAUACGUUUGAACUCUUCAACACCUCCUAAUUUGUUUUGAAUAUGCCUGCCACCAAAAACUACAGCAAUAGGACAACCCUGUUUGUCUACACCUUGCAUGAACAUCUUGUUCUGUGCAAUCUCGUUUGGUAUCUCACUCACCAAAAUGGACCCUUUUGGUACAAAACUUUGUCUCCACUUAAGGUAUUUCAAGAACAUUGCUGCAGAUUUCUCUAUGUCUAGAUCACGAGCUCGAAGAAACCUUCUCAAGGCAUAGUCGUCUAUUUCCUGCAAACAAGCUUUGCAGGUUGGAAAUAGCAAGUGAUAUGCGCACAAAUAAGACAAAAAGAAAGGCCAAUUUAGCCAAAAAGAAAGUGAGGUAUGUACAUCAAACACAAUACCUACGUAUAAAAUCACAAGUACAGUGUUCACUUCUGCAAAUAAUAAUAAUAAUAUAUAAGUGAAGUGUUGCGUAGAGGACUUGAUUGUUUUACCAUAUUUGGUAACAGACUUUGGGGGUUCACCCACUUGCGUCCCUCAUUAAUUUGAUAGAUGACUAAGAGCUACUUCUUGGACACCUAAGCAUUUAUUGUAUGUAUACCAUCAGCAACACUAUUUUAUCUUUUGGAUUACGAAUGAUAUCUUUUAGGGCUCGUUCGGCGGAAACGCUUUCUAUCAUUUUCAUACCUAAGCAUUUAUUGUAUAUAAUCAGCAACACUAUUUUAUUUUUUUAAUUACGAGAUACAUUUGUUUGUUUGGUAUUUCUACGUAGCGCUCGUUUACAAAAGUGUUUUCAGGGCUCAAAUCAAAAUUUCCGAAAGAAAAACUUUAUUCGCUGUACCAUAUUUGUAUAUGAUCUAUUUUAAAGUCUAUUUACACAAGUUUUGGUUGAGCGGUUUGAAGGAUAGGUGUUAUCACUCGACUGACAGCUAUUUUUUUUUUUGUUGUUUCACACUCUUUUUAAGUGUUACCUUUUAUCAAACUGUUUAUAGGCAAUUAUGUGGAAAUGUGGUGCAAAAUAACCAACUCAAUCGAGACUAGUUCUUGUAUCUUCUUAUAACAACUGGAUGAUUAUUAAUUUUUUACAAAAAUCUUGCAUUUAUAGCAAAUGAUAAUAGACCUUUCAUUCAUAUUGGCAUAGGUCUUUUAGCCCCACAAGUAGCCUCCUCUUCUUUAAUUUCCCACCUGCUUUAUAGCCACAUCAUUUUCCAUAAUUAAGAUACUUUACUUUAUAUUAAAGCUAUAUUUGCUGGACAGGCUCAUGCUAGAGUGAUAAAUAUUUCUUUCUUUUUCAAGAGGUCUCGAAUUCAGGUCCUUGGGCAUGGAACUGCUUUUAUUAGAGAAUGUUUUAUUUUUCAAUGUGAAAUUUUAUGACGCUGUUUAAAUUUAGUCGGACUCUAAUGUACAUGGAAAAAAACAUACGGACUAUAGCAGGUAAUUACCUUUUCUUCUGUCUUAUAGUUUUUUUUUAAAAAAAAAAACUUUUGCAUGUGUUUUUCUUCUCGUGAGAUUUAUUAAACAAAUAUAAGAAAAUUGAAUAUAUUUAUGAUACUUAAUACAUGAAAUAUGUUAGAACAUAAUUAACUCCUUUAAUUUGAUCUAAUUUUAUAAUUAUGUCUUUCAAUUUUAGUGUGCAUGGAAAGAUACUUAAACUUGUAUAAAGUUAAACAACUAGACACAUAUCCUACAUGACAAUUUGUGUUUCUACAUGUAUUAUGCUACAUACGAUUCAUGUGUCUACUUGUUCAGUUUUAUAUAAAUUUAAGUAUCUACCUUUGCACAAUCAAAAUUGAAAGACACAAAGACGAAAUAAAUUCAAAUUAAAAAGACACAUUUUUGUAUUAUAUCUAAUUUAUAUUUUCAUGUGUACCAUACGAUGGUAAUUUAUAUUGGUGUAAGAUUUGCAGCUGGCCAGAAGACAAACCAAUUAAUGCUUGGCAUAAGAAUGGACAUCGAUUUUGACAAUAUUUUCCAACUCAAUUAUUCAUAGUUUUUCUCUUCUAUUUUAUUUGUGGUUGGGAGGAUCCACUGCUACUUCAAGAAGCUGCUGUCGAUGCAAAUGAUACGACAUGAUUGAUGAUACUCAUCAUCAAGUAGAAGAUAGCAUCAGACUUCUUUGACACAGAGAUAAAACUAUAGUCCAGAGUUAUAAGAGUAAAAAAAAAUUGUCAAAAAUUUAAAAAAAGCAAUAAAAUUGAUUUUAGAACUGAAAAAGCAUUAUUCUAAUGGCGACUUGCUGCUGAUUAAAAAAAGAAAUUGUUUCAUACAAUUAUAUAUACAACAGAAGUUCUUGGGACUUGUUCCAUUAUUUCAUACAAUCACAAGUAUAUGUGGUGGAAGAAAAGUCAGAGUUGACAACAUUUUGGUGGAAAAAUAGUGUCUGCUAUAAAUGGUUCUUUUAUAAAAUAGAUUAUGGAAAAAUAUUGUCUGCUAUUAACAAUAUACUAUUUUUUUUGUGGUAAUUUUUGUUUGUGUUUAAUUUAGGUUAGGAGGUUUCUUUAUUUGUAUGUACACACUUUAUUGAAUUUCAUCAACCUUACAUCACAUAUAAGUCAAUCUCACGGUACAUCUCUUUUGAAUUGUAUUUGACAAAGAUCAAUUUUGUUGCGUUUUUAGAAUUUUUGUCAAUCUUUUUUUUUUACCUUUUUUGAUAAAACUACUUGCAGUAAAAUAAUUAGUCUAAAGAAAAG